GCACUUAUCCACGUGCACGCGGUUGAGUCACGAAUGUAUGAGCACUGAGGCCAGCAGCUUCAGCCAGCGUCACUCCCCGUCGGCGGAGGGCUGGAGAAGCACUACACGCGGCCAUGCGCGAGGCAGUAGCUCCAGCAUUUCAUCUCUGCUCUCUUCUUUGCUGACGGAACGGCGCCUUUCCUCAUCUGCAUUUCAGUAGUACCUUGCAACCGUGGACUCGUGUGGACUCAAGAUGGUCAUUCCCAGCGCGACUUGCCACAGCAGGACAUCACUGGCCAAGAGCACAUGCAGAUGUUUGCAGUGAAGGUGCCUGCACACAACAGUAGUUAGUUCAUGUGGGGUUUCAGUCGGGCAUCAGUGCAUCCCAAUACCGGACCUCUGAGGAGCAGACUGAGGUAAUACAAGGUGGAUUUGAAGGUGUGGAGGAGAGCUGAAAAUCAUGGGUAAAUCUAACAGCAAGCUCAAGCCGGAGGUGGUGGAGGAAUUGACAAGGAAAACCUACUUUACAGAAAAAGAGGUGCAACAGUGGUACAAAGGCUUCAUUAAAGACUGUCCUAGCGGACAGCUUGAUUCUGUGGGCUUUCAGAAGAUCUACAAGCAGUUCUUUCCUUUUGGAGAUCCCACAAAGUUUGCCUCUUUUGUCUUCAACGUGUUUGAUGAAAAUAAGGAUGGACGUAUUGAGUUCUCAGAGUUCAUCCAAGCGUUGUCUGUGACUUCUCGGGGGACUCUGGAUGAGAAACUUCGAUGGGCUUUCAAGCUAUAUGACUUAGAUAAUGAUGGCUACAUCACCCGUGACGAGAUGCUGAACAUAGUCGAUGCCAUUUAUCAGAUGGUGGGAAACACCGUGGAGCUGCCAGAAGAAGAAAACACACCAGAAAAGCGAGUGGACCGCAUUUUUGCAAUGAUGGACAAGAAUGCAGACGGGAAACUGACUCUGCAGGAGUUUCAGGAGGGCUCCAAGGCGGACCCCUCUAUUGUGCAAGCACUGUCUCUCUAUGAUGGUCUAGUCUAAGAAUGUAAGGUGAGUGGAGUAUUCAUGUGCAAGCCACAUGCACAAUUGGCCAUGGGGAAGUUCCGGCCAUUCAAUAUUAUGCCAUCUUUGUGUCAUCUGAGCCAAUGAAAAAAGAAAUAAAAAUCAGUGAAUGGCCUCAAUCCAAAGCAAAGCAGCUGCUUUCUGCUCUCAGUUUGUUGUUAUGAAUUAUUCAGGCGACCCACUUGUUUGCUGGCAAUCAAAUGGUCUUUCAGUGCCGAGCGAAGAGCCUCUUCCGCCGCCUCGUGUAAUCCACCACCCUCUGCCAAUUGUUGCUGACAUCGUGCUCAGCGUUUUGUCAGCUGUGAAGUGAGCUAGCGAAUGCAUAUUUUGAACACACCAUUGAGGUGAUUAUCCCGUAUGGACUGGGCAAAGACACACACACACACACACAAGCAUAUACAGUAUAUAUAUUGUAUAUAUAUAUGUUUUAUAUAUCUACUGUAUAGAUAUAUAAAACAUAGUGAUCACUCUCCUCACCUCACUAGAUGGAUCCAAUUUAUCUUCAGAUUUGGAAUCAGACACACCCAGCAUCACAGCCUCCUAACAAUCGAUCUUGCUCAACUAGCAGUGGACUGACAAUCAGCAGACACUUGUUUGUGUUUCCACCAAGGAUUGGGGACACAUUUUCCAAUGGCGUUCAAACCUGGCAGCAAAGCCCUCUGUCAAUUCAACAUGCUUCUGCUGCUGCUACUGUGUGCUUCUGUGCAAACGUCGCAGCCAUUUCCUUUCCCCGCCAAAAGUCCCACAAGAUGAAUUCCGUUGGGGGAUUUUCCAGACUUUUCCUAAGGAGAGACAGAGAUCUGUGCUGUUAUCACGGACUCCAUAGUUUAACAUGUAAAAGCAUGUUACAUGGUGAUAGAGUGAACACUCAUUUAACGUUACAAAGCAGUGUAUUGUAAUAUGUAAAUAUAGUAUUAUGAUAAUCUAGUUCCUGCUUUUCUGUAUUCCAGAGUUUUCAACUCUUAAAAAUACAAUGAAGUUUUAUUUUUUAUCAAAGUUGUUGAAAUGUUUUGCACUGCCUUUUUCACUACAAUUGUGGGAUUUUUGUUGUUGUUGUUCUCACGCUCUGAGUUUCCUCUCCAGAGAGAAUAGAAUUUUUAUUUGUGGAACGGUGUUGAAGGAGCAGGGAGUUUUCUAAGGAUUAUUUUACUACAUUUGCAACCUAUGAAUACCAUUGUGUUUUCACUUCCCAGUGAGCAUGAGUGUCUCUUGUCAGCAGCGCAAUGGCCGAGCAGCAUCGCCAAAGGUCGUGGCUUAACUGAGGCUCAUUGCCCUCAUUCAAUUUCAGCGAGAGGCACAAAUAAAAACCAAUUCUCGUUGUAAAGCUUUAGCGUGCUUUUUGGCUGCUGUUGUCCACUUUCUAGUUGUCCUGAUGUGUCAAGCCAGAGUAUGCGUUCAUGCCUUCUACCAAUUCUUAAUCAUUUCUUGUUGACGCAGUCCCAUUUUCGCACUGUCACUGAUGUUAUGCCUUAUGCAAAUAAUUUACUGAAUGACACAUGCCAUUUACCUGUCAUUGAUCAGUAUGAGAGCACAUAAUAAAAUGCAUUUAAAUGGC